CGUUUAAAUCUUCUGCCAACAUGUCAAACUACAAGGUCGCGGACAUCUCCCUCGCCGCCUUCGGCCGAAAGGAAAUCGAAAUUGCCGAGCUGGAGAUGCCCGGUCUGGUUGAACUGCGCCACAAAUACGGCAAGGAGCAGCCUCUCAAGGGCGCCAGGAUUGCAGGUUGCUUGCACAUGACCAUCCAGACUGCUGUUCUCAUCGAGACUCUCACUGCUCUCGGUGCUCAGGUUACCUGGUCCUCGUGCAACAUCUUCUCCACGCAGGACCACGCCGCUGCUGCCAUCGCCGCCACCGGUGUCCCUGUCUUCGCCUGGAAGGGUGAGACCGAAGAGGAGUACCAAUGGUGCAUUGAGCAGACCCUCAAGGCCUUCCCAGGUGGCGAGCCGCUCAACAUGAUCCUAGACGAUGGCGGUGACCUCACCUGGAUGGUCCAUGAGAAGCACCCCGAGCUCCUCGCGGGUAUCAAGGGUGUCUCUGAGGAGACUACCACUGGUGUCCACCAUCUGUACACCGCCAUGAAGAAGGGAACGCUCAAGCUCCCCGCCAUCAACGUGAACGACUCGGUCACCAAGUCCAAGUUCGACAACUACUAUGGAUGCCGGGAAUCGCUUGUUGACGGCAUCAAGCGUGCCACCGACGUCAUGCUGGGCGGCAAAGUCGCUGUCGUUGCUGGCUUCGGUGACGUCGGAAAGGGCUGUGCCGAGUCGCUCCGUGGCUACGGCUGCCGUGUCAUUGUGACCGAGAUCGACCCGAUCAACGCUCUGCAGGCUGCCAUGGCCGGCUACCAAGUCGACCUUAUGGAUGACGUUGUGAGCCAGGCCAACAUCUUCGUCACUACCACUGGCUGCCGCGACAUUAUCACCAGCAAGCACUUCGAAGCCAUGCAGGACGAUGCCAUCGUGUGCAACAUUGGCCAUUUCGACAUCGAGAUUGACGUUGCAUGGCUCAAGAAGAACGCCAAGUCGGUUGUCAACAUCAAGCCCCAGGUUGACCGCUACGAGAUGCCGAACGGCCGCCACAUUCUCCUCCUCGCCGAAGGCCGUCUUGUCAACCUCGGAUGCGCGACUGGCCACCCGUCGUUCAUCAUGUCCGCCUCGUUCUGCAACCAGACGCUUGCUCAGAUCGAGCUCUGGAAGAACAACACGGACAACAAGUACCAGAGUGGCAAGGUCUUCAUGCUUCCCAAGCGCCUCGACGAGGAGGUCGCCUCGGCACACCUGGCCAAGCUCAACGUCAAGCUGACCAAGCUAACUAGCGUCCAGUCCGACUACCUCGAUGUCCCAGUCCAGGGACCCUUCAAGGCUGACCACUACCGCUACUAAGCUACUAGUCCUUCUUCUAAAUCGCUCCUUGGCGGGCUAAACACAUUGCACGGGGAGGAGAUGACUUCUGCUUAGGUCCGGAUACUACCGCAUCGGCCCUUUCAACAUCGGGCUACUACCCAUCGUCUUUAUGAUUGAUCCUUUUAUUCUCGAAAAGUAGUCACACCAAACCGUCCACCCUCACCACUAGUCGGCCUCUUAUCUGAAAAAAGCAUGCAUCACGCACUGUAUUUGUACGCUUCUCAACAAAGCUGUUUUGCAUUCCACUCUUCUUGCCUUGCGUGCGUGUGCGCUCAGUAUCAGCCAGAUGUAGUAUCUGAUCGAAGUAAUACUGCAUAU